ACACUUAUGCAUAUUUAGUAGUGUGAAACCUGGCCAUUCGCAAUCGUUAUAUUUAAUGAUAAUUCUUUCCUCGCAUAUAUUAUAAUUUUACUGAAAACAUGGGUAAUUAUUUUCAAAAGAAGGAAGAAGUUCAGGAAUCUGAUACUGUGCCGGCGAACUUAGUUUUAAUAGGAGCAGUAAUGUCUGGUAAACGAACACAGGCAUACUUGUUACAAGAUGCAGUUAAAGACAUGUGCCAUUUAAAAGUUGGUGAACUUAAGAUGAAAGAAGUAAUGUCUAAGACAAGUAUUGGUAAAGAGAUAGAGAAACAAGUUACAGAGACGGGUGAUGUUAGUGAUGACCUUGUGCUGGGUCUUAUAGAGAAAAAAAUGAACUCAUACGAAUGCAGAGGUGGUUUUAUAAUGACAGAUUUUCCUUUAAAAGUUUCAUCAGCUGAAGGGUUAGACCAGCUGCUAGAAAAAAAUAAGCAAAAGUUACAUAAAGUGAUUAAUUUGAAGGUCAACUUUUACUCUCUUCUUGCACGACUGGAUGGAUGUCUCGAUCACCCAGCUAGUGGAAGACGAUAUCAUUUAGACUUUUUACCACCUAACAAAACCAACAAAGAUAAUGUAACUGGGGAAAAACUUCUCCCGUGUUUAGCUGACACAGAAGGGGAGUUACGAAUCCGUAAUGGUGUUUAUUUUGAACAGACGAAACCAGUUCUGGAGUACUAUAGUGCACAAGGGAAAGUAAAUUCAAUCAAUGGUGACAAAAAAAUAGGUGAAGUUCAUCAAGCAAUCUUGUCUAGCAUAGUACGUUAUAAAACUAACAAAACUGCCAAAGAAUUCUUGGAUACAUUGGAAAUAUUGGCGAAAGAUGUUCGUGAAAAGCAAAACACAGAAAAGCAAUAACUAAACUAUUAUAGUAUUUAGGGGUUUUUUUUUGAAGUCGUUCUUUCAUCUAAGUAUCUUAUUCACAAAUGAUCAAGUACAUAUAUUUAUUGUACAUGAAACAGGUAAAAUGUAAAAAUUUUAAUCGGAAUUCACGGAAAUAUUUUAUUUUCAAAGAAGAACAAACCCAUUUUAAAAGUAUUAUUUUAUUUUCAUGUAACAGUCUAUUGAUACUUUAUUCUGAGGAUCAUAAUUGAAAAUCGCUUUCCAAGACCCAUAAAUCUAGCAAGAAUUCCCAAGCUCCUUCUGUGGAAAAAAUUUUGAUACAUCAUAUUAACCGGCUAAAUUAACAGGCUGUUUUGUGACUUGAUGAAAUGAUUUUAAAGCCUUGUUGUAUGAAGAGCAACCCAAAGUCUUAUCUGACGACAGUAAACUGCACUUAUAACAUUAUUACUUACCGCUUAUAACGAUGCUGUUGCCGAGGUCACGUUUUCAAAUUGAUUGCCUCUGGAAAAAAACUAUAUCCAGAUAUAACUAUGUUAAGGUAGUCUUACUGAAAUGCUUUCCCGCCAAAAACAAAUUCUAACAUCAGCCAAUAUCCUAGAAAAUCGAUUAUUUUUUUUACGUUAUUUUUUAAAAAAUUUAGGCAUUAGAUUAUUUACAAUCACUCAUACUUUAUCGCUAUAUACUAAAUUCCGGCUAUAAACAUUGUAAGUUAUUGAAUACCUAAGAUUGUGAGGAAAAAAAAACAUUCUAGAAAUAAACAAUUUAUUUUGAUAUUGGCUGAUGUUAGAAAGUUUUUGACGGGAAAGCAUUUCAGUAAGAACCGUUAUAAGCGGAGGUUAUUAUCUCUUUAAUCAUACGAUAAUUUCUGCUAUGGUAUUUUUGUUGUAGCUAAUGCAAUGUCUUACAUACUUAUAGUGCAGUUUAAGUUAAAGAACAUUCAUAUCGAAAACAAAUCUUUUAUUCAGCAAAUGUUAAGAUAGGCUAUUUUAUAUCAUUUUAAACCUUUUUAGUUGUCAGAUGAAAUAACUGUUGUAAUCAACGGGUAAAUUACAUUCGUCCUAAUCAUAUUUCUGUAUUUCACACUAAAUGUAGUGCUUAAGUUGCAUGUGUAAACAAUUCAUCAACACAAGUAUUGUGUUUAAACACUUAUCCCCGUAGGUUAUCUAUUAUUAGAUCUGUCGAAGCAAAAAUGGCACAUAGCUUCAUGUGCACGUGUACUUUAUGUGUCAACUUUAAUAACUGUUCAUACGCCUCUAACAAUGUGUCUUGCAAUUUGCUAAACGCAAACUAAUUCCUUAGAGUGUUGGUUAGAUUUUUCUACAUGUAAACAAUGGUAUGUGCUAUUUAUGAUAAAUUGUUUCACUCACUGUAUUAUGUGUAAAAGUUUCUCAUUCAAUGGGAAUAUAAUAACUUUACACAACCUCUAGAGCUAUACAACCUGUCACAAUAGUAUAUUCAGUGUAUUCCUUGCAUGAUAAAGUAAUAUCAUUUAUUCUUUAAGUAUAGAUCUGUAUACAACUAAUUAAAUCAUGUUAAAAAUUGUAUUACUUUAUAUAUGUAUGAUUAAACUAUAAACAUGUAUCUUAUUUUUGACAAACAGGGACUCCAAUGAAUUUUUUUCUUUUACAUAAUUAUGAUAAUAGUUCGGACUAGAAAUAAUUUUUUCCUAGAUUUUUAUACCAUUUCAUGUAUCUGUCUCUAUCUAUAUAACUUGUGUGAACAUUUUCCAAUCAUUUGCUGACACCUUUUUUUCUAGAAAAAUUUUUUUUUAUUGUGUAAGAUGAUUUAAAAAUGAAAGAAGUUAAACUCUUGUAAUUCAUAUCAGGCUAAAAAUCACACUAAAUUUGAUUCUCAAUUUAAUACAGAGAAUAUUUCUUUAUUGUCAGUUUUUUUCAUAUUUUUCUCUUUAAAGUGUCCCAGUUGAUCUAUCAUGUCAUGUAUACAUGUAUAUGCUAAAUGUAACUUGUUUUAUUUGACAAUAUUUGUAUUAAUUAAAACUCCAGAAUUUUCAUUGAAAUUGGCAGGAAUCUUAGGGCAUGUUGCUUUAAAAUGGGUCAAUGACUGUAAAAGGUGCAUGUCUCCAAUCAGAGCAAUAUACCAUGUUAAGUUAAUAUAAAUUUUUGUGGGAAAUGGGGGAACAAAUUAAGAUAAACUGCUGAUUUUAGUGAAUACCCUUUGUUUAUGAUGCUGCUUUUAGAUAUUUUAGAUGCCAUUAUUCAUUUGAAUACCGGUUUGAUUUGAUUUUUUUAUCAUCAUUAAAGACAUUUUUAAACUUAACUUGUUUUAGCUAUGUAGAGCUGGUAAGGAUCUGUCAGUUGUCUUUUACCCACAGUUCAGGUCAAAAGGUCAGCUCUUUCACUAAGUGCCACCUGAUAACCAAGUGCCACCUGAUCACAUUGGGUUGUUAACACUCAAAAGGUCACAACUUUAACCAAGUGCUACCUGAUUGCAUUGGAUUGUUAACACUACAGAGGUCACAACUUUAACCAAGUGGCACCUGUUCACAUUGGGUCGUUAACAUUCGAAAUGUCAUAACUUUAACCAAGUGUCACCUGAUGACCUUGGUUUGUUAACACUCAAAAGGCCACUUCCUCAGAUUGGGUUGUUAACACUCAAAAGAUCACAACUUUACCCUAGUGGCACUUGAUCAGAUUGGGUUGUUAACACUCAAAAGAUCACUUAAAAGAUGCUUAAUUGAGCUAAGAUGAAUACUGGCAAUUAUAUAUUGAUAUCUUCCUCCAGGUGAGCGAAGAAAAAAUGGACCAUCAUGGCAUUCUUGUUUUUGUGUGUAUUGGAGGUCAAGUAAUGCCAUGGCCAUGACAAUUUUUUUGUGUAAUUUGUAUACAUAUACAGAAUUAUGUUAAUCAUUUAUGUUGUGUAUGCUAUGCUUAAAACUAUAUAUAUAUUAUUGUCAAACUUGUACUAAGAACCUCAUAUAAAAAACCUGCCACUAGGCUAGCCUGUUUUGUUCUCAAUAGAGCAGUUAUAGAUUUAUAGUGUCCCAAAGUAAAGCUAGUUUACACAGUUCUUUUUUCCCUCAUCAUAAGCCUGUAAUAUUACAUGGGACGUUAUCUAGUUAUUGCAAAUAAAACGCACAUAUGCACAUGAUUAUAUGCAGGAACUUACAGACACUAAAAGUAUUUUAUAUUAUAUAAUGUUUCAACUCAACACAGUAAGUUUAGGAUUAGAUCACAUAUUUGUAGAGGCUGAGAACAAUAAUGGCCAUCACAUGGUUUUUGCUUCAUAUGCCCAGUAUAAAAUAAAUGUUCAUAUGCAAAGCAAAUAAAACAUACCUAUCAACUGACUGUGGCAUCCAGGACAAAUGAUCUAUUACAAGUUUUUAUUGAUGAUAGUUUAUGGAUCAAAUAUAUUAAGGUCAUUGAAAUGUUUUGUAAAUAAUUUUUCAACAUUAAUGUACAAAUUUUAUGUUAUUGUGGCGUGUCCCAUCUUUGUGAUGCAGUGCUUAGAAGUGCUAUUGAGAUUAAUUAAGCAGAUGAGCCCUUAAUGUAAAAUGGUGUCUACAAUUAAUUAAGUCAUAAGUGUCUGAACCAAAUAAGAUGGAAUUCCUGUUAUAUAAAAUCAUGUUUUUGUACAGUGUCCUAUUCGGGCCAGUUAAAACGUCGCCUUUUGAAAUGCAAGAUUUUGGCUAAAUCUUUUCAUUUAAAAUUUUUAAAAAGGAAAAAUGUAGCUUUAGUCAAAGGCUUUCAUUUCAACUGUCAAUAUUUAAACUAACCCACACAGGACUCUUUAAGAUUUGUUGUGUUCUCUGUGUUUUUGUGUUAAUUAUUUAUGUUGCAAUAGACACAAUAAUGAAUUGCAUGAGUAAAAUAAAACCGUUUGACAUAUGAA